AUGGCCAGGAAAAGACUGUCUUGGGCCAUUAAUACUGCUGGUCGCCUCUCUGCACAAUGUCAGCUCCUUGCCGGGGUAUACCUCGUUUACAACUCAGAGCCUGUUGCUGCAUGGAAGAUGAUAAGUGGCGCUUUGCUCUCACUUGGUGAACAGGCAGCGAGUGGCGUCCCUGCUGAGGAAACGAAUACGAAGAUAGACAACGUGCUGGAUCAGCGGAUCCGAAUAGCAGCUAUCAUGUUUCUGUCUCGAUUACGAUGUGAAAUUGACAUACCAUUCGCUCCCGUCUCCUUCGAACUACCCAUCGCCACCACUCUCACCGAUCAGAUGCCUCUCGAAGAUGGCUUAUCGCAUGUUGCUACUCAAAAUGGCACGGAUAUCUUGUGCAUCCAAGGCCACGCUUGCGCCCAAUUCCAGUUGCUCCGACCGGAAGCUUCCGUUGCAGACUUACAUGGCUUCCAGAGAAGCAUAUCAUCAAUGCUGACAGCUCUCGAGGAGUGGAGGUUUCGUUCAAGACUUGGCGUGGACCAGGACUCAGACACAAGCCCAGGACAGAGAGACUCAGAUAUCGAAAGUCAUCAGGGAGAGGUGCAGCAACAGAUGCAAACUCUAUACUACGAGACGAAAGAGCUGAUUCUCAGGCCAUCACUUUAUCUUGUCCUACACUCGAGACAUAUUGAAGAGGCAUGGGCGACGGCAUCAACAGAAGGAGAAGAGCCCAGGAGCUUUGAGAAGCUACUCACCUCGCAUGUGACAAGUCAAUUGCAAGCCAUGGUAUCGCAGCACCGUGCGUUGCUUCUGAGGCGUAUACACCUGUGUUUAGGGAAUGUUUUGAAUAGGCCAUCGCCCAAGCUCCCUGACGUCGGUUGGUUGAAACAUCAAACUUGCCUUACCUUGGCUUUGCUCUUGGUUGCUUCGAAUCGUGUGCAGCAUGGUGUUGGCGAUGACCAUGACAUCGAUCUCGUGGUCGAACGGGCCGUGAACUUCCUGGCGCACGAUGGGCUGCGUAGUGAAGAAUCAGGGAUAGCAGCGGAUAUUCUGCGGAAUUACCAGGCGCAGAGGAAUGAACCAAGCUAG